AAAUCAUAAUUGUCCAUGUUUUUUUGACAACACAUUAUGUUUUAUUAGGAAAAAAGUUCAAAAAUUUCAUAUAAUUAGUACUUUGAAAUAAGCGGUUUGUAUAGUAAGUUUGAUGUAUACGUAUACAAAAAUAGAGAGCAAAAAUGUUUAGUCUCUUGACAGUUCUUGACUGUCUGAAUUCUUGACUGUCAAAAAAUGCCAUUAGUUCGUGAACGUAAAUAAACAGCUGACUUAUUUAUAUUUUAAUUCUUGCGACCCUCGCAUAUUUAGCGUUGUUUUUUUUUUGUAUGAAAAAUUGACGCAAAAUGGAAGUGCCCAUUGAAAGUAUCAAAACUGAACCGUGCGAUGUUGAAUUUCAACAAUUUCAGGUUGAUAAUAUAAAAUUGGAAAUAAAGUCAGAAGUCGACGUAAUCGAAGUAGAUGAGAGCAUCUUCCUGCAGGGUCUUCCUGAGCCAUCGAAUAACAGUGAAGAACCUAAUCCUUGCAAUAGAAUUGAGGACGUUAUCAUUUACGAUGAAAUUAUUAAAGAAGAGCCCGUAUUCUAUGAUCCAAAUGAAAUUUACGCUUCACCAACCAUGGAAGAUACGACGAAGAUGGACGAACAAUCCAAGUACACAUCGAAUUUAGAAUCGAAUGUUGAAAAUGAGUCGAAAUCGGAGAAAACGUACGAGUGUUACAUAUGCAGAUGUGAAACAGGAAACAUCGGUUUACUUAAGUGGCAUCUCCAAGAGCGACAUUCACAGGAAGGGAAGUUGAAGGAACCGAGUUUGAAAGUGAAGCAUUUAGAACAUCCGUACACCAAAGACAGUAAAUAUUUACAGAAAAGAGAAAGAAAGCAACCAAAAGAGAAGCGUGAAACAAAGGAAAAGCCGUUGAAAGAGAAGAGCUUGGAAAAGAAUAAUUCCGAAAAAGCACCAUUAAAAAAGGGGUCCAUGGAAAAUCGUAAAUUGAAAAAAUCUCAAACAGGAAAGGACAAUUCGAGCGAUCGAAGAACUGAAAAAUCGUUUGGAUGUACAUUUUGUUGGCGAAAAUUUGAUACUUCACAACGGCUUGAGUCUCAUUCGAGAAUCCAUACAAACCAAAAGCCAUUUCAAUGCUCUGUGUGCCUCAAAUUUUACAAUAACCAUACGUCGUUCACACUGCACCAGCGGAUCCAUACUGGCGAAAAGCCUCAUAAAUGUUCCCAAAGUAAUUGUGAAAUGAAAUUUCGGCUAAAGCCACAAUUGGAUCGCCAUUUAAAAGCCCACGUCAAUGGAUCAGUCAUAAAGAAGCCUAAGGAUCGACGAGUCACCAUAGUUGAAAAUAUUGCACAAGAAGAAGUUUCUUCGUUCCAGUUAUACGAAUGUUAUUUAUGUCCAUUUGAAGGCCCCAAAAAUCAAGUGCGAAUUCACAUCAAAGAAGAACAUGUUGGUGAAACAUUGUAUAAGUGUGACAUCUGCUCGAAAAGAUUUCUUCUUGAGCGUUCUGUGGAGAGCCAUAUGAUGAUCCAUAACAAAACCAAUCGUUUUGAGUGUCACAUCUGUGGUAAAAUUUUGGCACGGAAAGACGCUUUAAAUAUUCAUAUUCAAUAUCACACAGGUGACUUCCCCUAUGAGUGCAAAUAUUGUCCAAAGAGAUUCUCCAAAGUAUACACUCUCAAAACGCACGUGAGAACACAUGCUGCAUUUAAGCCUUUCGAAUGUGACCAACCGACGUGUAAGAAAGCAUUUGUGAAGAGAAGUGACUUGGUACGCCACUCGCGAAUCCAUACGGGCGAAAGACCAUACAAAUGCGAAAUUUGCCAUCAAACAUUCACACGCAACCAUUUACUGACUGAUCAUAAACAAAACAUGCAUAAAUUAUGAGGCAAUCAAAUUAUGAAUAAUAGUGAAAAAUCGAGCACGAAAUCCAAAAGAGCAAAUUUUUAAUAAAUUUUAUAAAAAAGAUUUCAUCAAAAA